CGGAACUAAGUGCAACGCGUCUCCCUGUGAUUGUUGAUGCUUGGGAGGCAUGUAAGUGGCGUCCGCUUCAGCUCUCCAAAGCUGUGAGCUUUGGCUGGGAGUGACGCGGCGCACUCUGCCUCUCCAAGCAGAAGGAAACACCUGUAUGGAUGAGCAGCUCUCCAGCGUUGUCCAGCCGCCCUCCUCAGCCGAGCACAGGGGCAGAUUCGCGAUUGAAAAGCGGGGUUAUGGAGAGGUGGAGAGGGACGUCAUGACGGUGGAAAACAUGCUGGAAGAGUCGGCCGUGCUCUCAGCGCCUCACCUGUCCGCGGAUCGAUACGAGCGCAGCCGCCAGGGAUGCUGCGAGAGAGUGGUCAUCAACAUCUCGGGUUUGCGCUUCGAGACGCAACUCAAAACUUUCAACCAGUUCCCAAACACGCUGCUCGGCGACCCGAGGAAACGGAUGCGCUACUUUGAUCCGCUCAGGAACGAGUACUUCUUCGACAGGAACAGACCCAGCUUUGACGCCAUCCUGUACUACUACCAGUCAGGGGGGCGCAUCCGGAGACCUGUUAACGUGCCCAUUGAUAUUUUCUCAGAGGAGAUACGGUUUUACCAACUUGGGGAGGAGGCCAUGGAGAAAUUCCGCGAGGACGAAGGCUUUAUAAAAGAGGAGGAGCGCAUACUCCCCAAAAACGAUUUUCAAAAGCAGGCUUGGCUUUUGUUUGAGUUCCCUGAAAGCUCCGGACCUGCGAGGGGAAUAGCCAUCGUUUCAGUGCUUGUGAUCCUGAUUUCAAUUGUUAUUUUCUGCAUGGAGACUUUGCCUGAAUUUCGGGACGAAAAAGACAUAUCCACAGUGGAGCCCACGGUGAAUGGCACUGCUCCAAAUGUGCCAAGCCCCUUCACGGACCCCUUCUUUGUGAUAGAGACGCUCUGCAUUAUAUGGUUCUCGUUUGAGCUGCUGGUCAGGUUUUUCGCCUGUCCCAGCAAAACCACUUUCUCUAAAAACAUAAUGAAUAUCAUUGACAUUGUCGCCAUCAUCCCUUACUUUAUCACUCUUGGGACGGAGCUGGCCGAGACGCAAACCAACGGCGGCCAGCAGGCGAUGUCCCUGGCCAUCCUCAGGGUGAUCCGGCUGGUGAGAGUGUUUCGGAUUUUUAAACUCUCACGACACUCCAAGGGACUCCAGAUUUUGGGGCAGACGCUCAAGGCCAGCAUGAGGGAGCUGGGCUUGCUCAUCUUUUUUCUCUUCAUAGGAGUCAUCCUCUUUUCCAGCGCUGUUUACUUCGCCGAAGCGGACGACCCCGCGUCCAGCUUCACCAGCAUCCCAGAAGCGUUCUGGUGGGCAGUUGUGACAAUGACCACCGUCGGAUACGGGGACAUGCACCCGGUCACCAUUGGCGGCAAGAUAGUGGGGUCGCUGUGCGCAAUAGCGGGCGUGUUGACCAUCGCCUUGCCCGUGCCGGUGAUUGUGUCGAAUUUCAACUACUUCUACCACCGAGAGACGGACGGAGAGGAGCACCAGCAGUACCUUAACUCGGUCAGCUGCGAGCACAUGCCCUCCGGGGAGCAGAUCAAAUCGUGCAGCUCCUCCUCGCUCAGCAAGUCGGAGUAUAUGGUUAUUGUGGAGGGCAUCAACAGUGCGUUCAAGCAGCCCAACUACACCACAGAAAACAACCAAAACUGCGUAAACAUCAAAAAGAUCUUCACGGACGUGUGAGGGACGUGUUGGAUCAUUAAUGAGGCGUAAAGAAAUGUUAGGUCUAAUGCUGCAACCUUUUUUGUUUAGCCAAUGGUCACCUGUCAGUCCAUAUCUGUGGCUGAGCUUAGAUGUCCGUUUUUCUUUUUUGUUUCUGUUUUUUAAAGAUCCUAAUUACCUAUUAGGCCGGAAAGAUCUAGCGGACUGUACAUUCUCUUUAUAAGUCGCUGGCUGAAUAAAGUGCAUUGUUCAAACAGAUAUAUUUUAGGGUAAAACGCCACACGAUGCCUACAUAUCUUGAUGUUAUGUUGCCAGUGUUGUCGGUUUUGGGAUACACGUGUAGCAUUUCCUCCUGCCAGGCCAAGAAAAAAAAAAAAAAAAAAAAA